AUGACCUCUCCCGCCGCCCAGCGUCUGGGCAUGCUAUCCUCCCAACUCUCCUCACCCUCCCUCAGCGGCCGCGAGCGCGUCCUCGCCAAGAACCCGGACGACAUCGUCAUCACGACGGCGAUCCGCACGCCCCUCACCAAAGCGCGCAAAGGCGGCCUCAAAGACACGCCGGUCGAUGCCCUCCUCACCUCGCUUCUGACUUCGAUCCGUGAGCGCAUGAACUUCCCCGCCUCCCACGUCGACGACGUCUGCGUCGGCAACGUCCUGCAACCGGCCCCCGGCUUCGCCGCGCGCUCCGCCGUCCUCGCCGCCGGCUUCCCCGUCGGCACCUCCGCCAACGUCGCCUCCCGCUUCUGCAGCUCCGGCCUGCUGGCGAUCCAAAACGUCGCCACGGCCAUCAUGGCGGGCGCCAUCGACGUGGGUAUCGCGGUCGGCAUUGAGUCCAUGUCGCAGAACGCCGACAAGCCGCCUCCCAUGUCCGACGUCGUCUCCAACCACCCGAUCGCCAGGGACAACGUCAUGCCCAUGGGCUGGACGAGCGAGAACGUGGCGCGCGACUUUGGCAUCUCGCGUGCCAUGCAGGACGCCUACGCGGAGAUGAGCCACAACCGCGCGGAGCGCGCGCAGCGCGAAGGGUGGAGCGCCGACGAGAUCGUGCCGGUGCGCACGUCCAUCAAAGACGCCAAGACGGGCGAGACCCGCGAAGUCACGGUCGAGCGGGACGACGGGAUCCGGCCGGGAACCACCAAAGAAGGGCUGGGCAAGAUCAAGAGCGCGUUCCCGCAGUGGCAGCCGGCGACGACGACGGGCGGCAACGCCAGCCAGAUCACCGACGGCGCGGCGGGCGUGGUGCUGAUGCGCCGCUCCAAGGCCGAGGAGCUGGGCGUGCCCGUGCUGGGCAAGUACGUGCUCAGCACGACCGUGGGGCUGGAGCCGCGCAUCAUGGGCAUCGGGCCCAGUUUCGCGAUUCCGAGGAUCCUGGAGAGGACGGGCCUCACCAAGGACGAGGUGGAUCUGUUUGAGAUCAACGAGGCGUUUGCGAGCAUGUACGUCUACUGCGUGGAGAAGCUGGGGCUGGAUAAGGAGAAGGUCAAUGUGAGGGGUGGGGCCAUUGCGAUUGGGCACCCCUUGGGCUGCACGGGCGCGAGGCAGGUUGUCACGGCGCUGAGUGAGCUGCGGAGGAGAGGGCAGAAGGUCGCCGUCACGAGUAUGUGUGUUGGGACGGGCAUGGGUGAGUUGCAAACCGAUUGA